AUGUCCUCUUCAACAGUCCAGCUGGAUCCUUCAAUCCUCUAUCUGAUUGCACACCAACUGACAAAUGAUGUCAAGAUAGGAAACUCUAUGGAAGAUGGCGGCCAAUCGAGCCUCUAUCUGCCUGCACGACGCACCCUCCAGAACCUGCGGCUCACCUCUCGAUAUUUCGCCGAUAUGGCCAUCAUCAAGUCUGUCCUGUUUCGUCACAUCACACUAUAUGCAACUGCAGAGCACCUGGACCGUGUGUGGAAAACCGACUUUGCUACGUUCGGGCAGUUUGUGAAGAAGGUCAUCUUUAAGCCAUCCCUAUGUUCGCCAGACAUCACCUCCGAAGAUUUCCGGUCGCUGUUGGCUGUACACCGCUGUCAAGUCAGUUCGAACCAUUCUGGUGACACUGCGAAGUGGAGCCAGAUCUGGUAUAUGUAUCUCAAGUUCGGUGCUCCAAGUCCUGGAAUCAUGCUCUCCCAGUCGGCUGCCUUUAGCAUUUACGAAGAAUGUGCAGCUAGCGACAAGGACGUCGUACUGAACGGGAGUCUGCAGUCCGCUUGGAUCAGGCUAUUGAAACAAUUCUCACAGGCCUCGUCCUUUGUCAUUGGCAACAUACCUGGUUUGUGGCCUCCAAGGGUCUACGACCUCAACAAUCGAACAGAUAAGCCUUGUCCCUUCUGUGACCGCAAGAUCUUCGGUCUCAGCAAGAUGAGCUCCUAUGGCGAAGUCAUGCUCAUCAAGGCCGUUACGCAGUGUCUCGCAGCCGCUCAAGUACGGAUUGGAGACCUCGCGCUUGACUGCAACGUCGUGCGUGGCCAGGGACUGGGGGAUUUGUGGAACUCUCAGCUUCACUUGAAUUCUAUGACCCGGCUCACUCUCCACGAGGAACCCUAUUUCCCGCACAGCGGUGCUGACAUGGCCAUUCAACCCGUAAUUAUCAGUCGUGCCUGUUCACUAUUUUCUGCUUUCGUGACAAAGGCGCAGAACAACCUCCAGGUUUUGACCAUAGAAAACGCCGAUAGGAACACCCGAUUCAUCCGCCUUCCCUGGCACACGUGCUUGGACAUAAACCUGCCAGCUCUUCGCCGGUUGUGUGUGAAGAAUCUGAUAUUUCCUGCUGCGGCACUGGCAAGUAUCCUGGGGAAAUGUGGCCGACUACAGUGUCUCUCAUUCGAGGAUUUCGAGUGGCCUAGCGGAGGUACUCGUGCGCUGAAGCCAGUCUUCGAUGCGAUUCGUCAGCAUCCCAAUUCGCUACGUCUCGAUUUCAAAGGAACAACCGGGAGCGAGGGAGUCGAAUUUAGAUUCAAGUGUCAAGACCAUCGCGUUUUCAGCGAACCCGAGCCCCUUCCAGGCAACCCCGAAGGCGAGUAUGAGAUGCAGACGAGCCUCCGUCUAUAUCUCGCCGGGCACGGAGAAUGGGAUGAUCACUUGCAAACCUGGUUUCCGUUCACUUGA